CCCGGCCAGGCAGCCGCCAGCCGCCCCGGGCACGCCUUUAUAACCCAUCCUUGGGCUCAUCAGUCUCUCUUCCUUCUUCAUCAUUCAACCUAGACGCAUCCAGACUCUCAUUCUUAGAGAGUUGCUCCCAUCACACACACAAGCCCCCACCCCCACCACCCCCACACACAAUGACCGCCGACACCCUUGCCGUCAUCUGGCGCCCACACGAGCACGCCGACGAGUACGUUGUCCUCAUUGACGACGAGGCAGAGUACAAGGCCUGGAAGUCGGGCAGCAAGGACAUUGCGCUUGCCAGGUUUAUUGGAAACUUCAACAUUUACUCCUCCGGUACCGGCCACACGGGCAUCCUCAAGCCCAUCAGCAAGCAGGAGCUCGAGACGGCCUUCUUCGGCGACGACAAGAAGAUCAAGGACAAGUCGGUUGAAGCCGCCAUCACCCUCAUCCUCGACAACGGCAAGGCCCAGCAGACAAAGUUCCAGGUCGAGGGCGCCGUCAAGAACGCGACCCGCGGCCACGGCGACGUCAACACUGGCGGCUACACCGGCCGAUAGGCGAGAAGAGCAGGAGAAGAAGCAGUACAAAUGACAUGAAUGGACGUCACGACGG